AUGCAUCUUUUCCUUUCUGUGCUGUUGGUCAUUAUCACAGUCAACAGAUUUUACAGAUCGUGGCUGACUGUGUCCAAUGGGAUGUGGUGGGGGUCGUGGGGGUUUAAGGACAUGUGUCCGAGUGGAACGUACGCAGCAGGGUUCAGUCUGAAGGUGGAUAAACCAUUCUAUGGUGUUCAGAAUGAUAACAAAGGACUCACUGGGAUUCGUCUUCACUGUGUCAGCCGAUUGAGAGCCUCGUUGGGCUUAUAUGAUGACUACGCCUCAGUUCAAUCAGAAGUUGCAGGCUGGGGUCAGUGGACAGAGAUCAAAUGGUGUCCUUGCUGUUUCUUGACUGCUUUUCAGCUGAGAGUCGAAUCUUUCCAAGGAUCUGGAGACGACACGGCCGUGAACAACAUCAGAUUCGAAUGCAGUGGACGGUCUUUGCUACACGGUGAUGGCACAAGCUGGGGCGAGUGGGGCGGCUGGAGUCAAACAUGUCAAGGAAAAGGGAUUUGUGGUAUCAAGACACUGAUAGAAGAGCCUCAGGGAAACGGAGAUGACACCGCUCUCAAUGACGUGCGCAUGUACUGCUGUGAUUAAGGUGUGAAAGGACGACCACAAGAACAGCGAGAAGAUCAAAUGGAUCAUAUAAUUGAUUAUGAGUCUGAUGAACUAACAUGAACCAUGUCAAGUAAUAGAUUAAUGUGCAGUCAGCUGGUCAUGACAGCUUACUAGACAUCCUCACACUUAUUACUAAUAAAUGAAUAAAUAUAU